AACAUCAGCGCGCCUGUGUGUUUUUGAUCAACAAUGGAGAAUUCGCAAAUCGGCGCCCUAAAACCCUUGCAAAACCUCUAUCCUUUACCUCCUCGCCGCCGGCUACUCAUGAGCAAAACCUACAGUACACUGCUCCAGAUUCUAUCUGAUUGUCGCAGCACCGACUCAACCACUGAUAAACAAAAACUAGAUGACAAUGACAGCAGUAAACUGGGAAAAGAAAAUGAAGUCGGUAAAUCAGUUGAUCAUCAUCUCAUCAGGUCUGAGAAUUUGUUAGGUACUGGUCCUGCUCAUAACGAGUCUAACAAUCUGGUAGAGCAACAGGGUUCUGGUGAUAGAAAUGAAGGGAACUCUCGUUAUGGAUAUGGAGAUUUUACUCGUGCACGAAUGCAAGUGGAUUCAGAUCUGUCAAAUCAUACAAGUAAUGCAGUAGAAGGAGAUAGAGGUGAUUUCAUAACAAACGAUAUCAUUGAUACGAAUGGUUUGGUACACAAAACUCUUGGUUGUAACUAUCAAAUGGUCAAGGAACCUGGGAAUAGGUGUAGCACUCAUGAAACGGAGGUGAAGGAGCCUGAUCUUAUCAGACCGGUAGAAUUGGACAAAGACUCCAGUAUUGAUGAUGUCAGUGCAGCAAUAGAAUCAUGUUUUGGUGCGGAUGCAAUUGCUGAUAUAUCUCAACCUGCAGAGUUCUCUGGAGAGAAAAUGGAUGUUUCUGAGACACAUUUGUCGGAAGAAAUGAAGCAUGGAUUGCGUGUAAAAGAGGUGGAGUUGGAAACAUUGAUAUCUUCUGCUGGAGCAGCAGAGUCGUCUGUCCAUGUUCCUAUGGGUGAAGAGAUGGAGGAAGGGGAAGCUUUUGGAGAUUUUAUGGUUUUUGAUGAAUCAGAUUAUGACAUCCUUAAACGUAUUGGAAAUGAGAAGAAGGAUGGAGCAGAUGAGUCUCCUGCUGACAUUUCUGGUAGAGAAGAGUUUGCUUUUGAUGUUCAUGUUGAUGCACCACAGAGGAAGGAUGCUUAUGCCUCUUCGUCCAUUGAUGCAGUUGAUGAGGAUAACACCUUUGUUGGGGGAGAGUUCAUAAGAAAGUUUAGUGAAGAGCCGCAAGAUAAUGUGGAAAAGGUUUUCCACUCAAAGGAUGUCGAGACCAGAAAGGUUUGUGUGUAUGACACCAUUUUAGAUAGUGAAAAUGAUGCUAAGCAAGUUGGUGGAGACAUGAAGUUUGAUCAUCCUGCUGGUUCUCAAUUUGACUCAACCUCCGGUGUAAAUGCAAAAAAAAGAAAACACUCAAAAGUUGCUGCUGAGAAUGAGAAUAUUGGUAAAAAGGAAAAGAAGCGAGGUCCUUUAACCAAGGAAAGCAAAGCAAGGAAAAAGGCCAAGCAGAGAAGUAAACGAGCUGAAGAGAGAAUAAAACUUGGAGUUAAAAGGCUGAAGCUUCCACCAGUGGUGAAACCAAAAGUCGUGAAAUAUUGCCGCCAUUAUCUCAAGGGAAGAUGCUUAGAGGGUGAGGCGUGUAAAUUUUCUCAUGAUACCAUCCCCUUGACAAAGUCAAAGCCAUGUUGUCAUUUUGCACGUCAGUCUUGCAUGAAAGGCGAUGACUGCCCGUUUGAUCAUCAACUCUCCAAGUAUCCGUGCGAUAAAUAUGCUUCCCAUGGGUUCUGUAACAGAGGUUCUAGUUGUUUAUUUUCACAUGAGGUAACAACUGUUAAGACAGACGCAGUUACAAGUCCUAUUGCUUCAAACUCUUUGGUCCAAGUAAACACAAAUGGAAUGUCACAUAAAGACGUUAACUCCACAUCUAGUUCAGCUGGGCUUGUUCCCCGUAAUAGCACUGAGCGAACUGUAUUGGAGCACGUGCGAAAGCCAGCUGCAUCAACACCCAAAGGAAUCACGUUCUUAUCUCAUGGGAAGUCUUUGCAAGGUGAUGCCAGAAAGCAUGAAGAAGUUGGUUUACCCUCCAAAGCAAAUGGUGUUGACAAUAUUCAGAAACCGAAUGGAUUUAUGAAAGGCGCAUCUACGAGGACACCACAAGGAAUGAACUUCUUGUCCUUUGGCCGAGCACCUUCAGCUGAGCCUAGUGGUGACACAUUGUCAGGCAUGCUUAAUAUGGAUUAUGGAGUUGAUAAAUUGCAAUUGGUUGACAUGAAAGCCAAGUUAGGGAGCAUCAAUCAAAUGUCGACUAGAACCCCUCCUGGUUCUGUACCUCGGGGUGUAAACUUCCUGUCAGUUGACGAAGCAGUAGAAGAUAGAUCACAUCCUAUUGAGUGUUACAGUGCUUCAUCACUCAUUCAGAGACAAAGUGCACCAAAUACAACUUCCAGCAAAAUGCCGUUUAGACAGUUGAGUUCUAUAUUUCCAGCUGGGCAGUCCUUAAUCCAGUCUGCACAAAAGUGCAAUGCAGAAAUUGCCAGCUCCCCGAAGGCACCGUUCCUUGCAAAUACACCAAGCUCGAUUCAAAAGGCUCUUCAGUCAACUUUAGCAUUUGCGGCCAAGUUUGACUUGGGAGUCAAGUGUGGAAUGUCCAAUGGUUCCCGACAUUAGUUCCAUAAUCAAUGCUAAGGCUGGAAGUUCAAAGAAUAGGUGAAGGAAUUUAACGGCCUUCAAUUGUGGUCAUGAAAGCAUGCUCAUGCUUAAUAUGUUAUGAAGGCAGUAUGUUUGAGUAAUGAAGUUGUCAGUUGGUUUUUCCCUUACCCUUUCAUAUGAGAAAUGUGUUUAUUUAAAAACCAUAAAACAACAAAUACAUUCUCUCGUCUUGAAGAUAUGACAAACUGAGCUAAAAACAAUAGUUUUAUGGUCUGCUAUUUGUUGACAUGUCUUAUUUAUUUUUUAUGCUAUAUUAAUUUCUUGUGAAAGUAAAUAAAGUAAGUUCUAAUGCUUGUUGAAUUGAAAGGCUGGCUGCAGUGGUGGAGCUAAUAGCAAGGAAGGAGGCGGGUUCAAUUGAAUACCCUUCGUCCGUAAAUUACAGUAAAUAUAUACAUGUUCUUAUGUAUAAACAACUGUUGAAUCUCUUAACAUAAAAGAACUUUCUGGGUAUAGUAUUUUUUUUAAUUUCUAUGAAUUCCUUUGUUAGGGUUCCUGCACCCAGCAAUUGGUUAGGUGAACUGGUUAGUAUUUUUUCCCCUGCUUUAGGCCCUAUAUAAUGCUCAUUACUAGUUGACAAAAUAGUCUUUAGUUCAUCUUGUCCCUCUUAAUGAAUUCUAGACAUAGAAAUUGUAACUUCCAUCUUGUUUCUUUGUACCCUGCUAAAUAUUUAGCACAUUUAGGUGUAUUAAGAGGCAUGGAGAUGAUAAUACAGACACUAGUCCCCAGGUCUUUCAGUGUCACCAAUAUGUCCAGGACCUCUUUGUCGCCAGUUUUGGAAAGAUGGAAACUAUGAUUCUGGGUUUAUUUCAAGCCGUCCUCUAAAAAUUCUUCUUUUAAGAUGCUUUGAUGACUUCAAAUAUCUGUAAAUGAUGAGUUCAGGCAGUGAUGCCUAUUGCCUUUAAAUUAUUUGAAGUGAUACUUUUGCCUACUUUCUUCCUUCUACUUCCAGUCAAAACCUGUAUCUGUACCAAGGACAUGACCUUAGGUAGAAAGUUGUGGAGGGCACGGAUUAGGGUAGAACGUUGUAGGUGGGAGUGUUUUGUCUAAUUGUUGUCCAUACUAGUAGUUGUAGUAUUACACUUGUAGUUUUUUAUCCUUCGAUUUCUGUUGCUAUUUGUUGUUUCUUGUACUUCGACUGUCGUAUGUUCUGUUGCAGUACUGUUCUGUUACUAUUUAUUUCUUAUACUUCCAUUAUUUCUUCUUCAGAAUUGUUUUUUCUUUUGAGCUGGUGGUCUAUUGGAAACAACCUCUCUGCCUCUAAGAUAGGGGUAAGGUCUGCAUACACUCUUACCUUGAUUUCUUCCCAGACCCCACUUGAUUUCUUGUAACUAUUUCUCUAAUGUGGCCAAAUUUGGAAUCUCUGUCCCUGUAGUCCUGUCUUUUGAGAAAACUGUAAGCGUAUUUGCAAGUAAAAGGGCGUUUAUAGCUGGUGUAACUGAUGAUACUGGAUAUCAGUGGGCUAUUACUAAGUCCCUGGAUGCUGCAGGUGCCAUAAUUCUAGUUGGAACCUGAGUGCCAGUAAUUGAAAUUUACAAUUCCUUGUGGUAUAUCUUCACAUGUUUUAACACUUUUGCCUUUCUUUCCAGGCCUUAAACAUUUUUUAAAACAAGUCUGCAAUGGGGGUAGUUUGAUAAAUCACGGGUAUUAGAGUCUAAAUACAUCUUUGUCAGUUUGCCAGAUGACUAUUUGAUGGAGAUUUCAAAAGUACACCUGAGGGUGUAAUUUUAAAGCAUAUGGUUGUGUGAUUUCUAUUUUCUGUUUCGAUUGCAUUAUCCUGUAACUGUUUUUUCCUCGCCAUGCAGAUUAAAGCAAGUAAGCGUUACACUGGUUCUUGUAAGUUGACAGUUUUGGUAUGUAGCUCUCCACAUUCACACUUUUGUGCAUGCUGGACACAAUGAGUAAAACUCAAACAGGGUUGUGCACACUAAAGAGCCAGAAUGUAUAACAAGUAAAGCAUGCAUCUUGAUUGUUCUUGAGGUUCCUUUUCAGGGCAUGAUUCUGCAUACUGAGCCGUGAAUCUAUUGGAAACAGCGUCUCUACCUUUGAGAAUAGGGUUAAGGUCAGCGUACACUCUAAUUCUGCAUACUGAGUUGAGGGUCUACCGGAAAACCUCUCUACCUUUGAGGUAGGGGUAAGGUCUGUACAUUCUACCCUCCCAAACCCAUUUUGUGGGAGUACCCUGGGCAUGUUGUUGUUGCUGUUCUGCAUACUGAAAGCAAUUGAAUAAACCUUUCUUUAAAAUCCAGUGCAUCUAUCAGUCACAUCUUCCUUGUGGUUGUUGUAAAGGACAAAAUAGCAUGUGCCUGACAUGUAUAUGUCAUACUAAAAGCCCCAAAGUGUAGACCCUUCUGCUUCAAGGUUAAAAGCCCGUCUCCAACUCCUCAUACGGUCUGUCCCCUGACAACCCUCUCACAAAAUGAACAACCAUUACAUACAUAGAAACUCCAUGAUCCACACAAUCAUUCUGGGCUUCCUACGAAACAGCACGUGGGCCACCUCUUUCUAAGUGUCUUAACCCAUGAUAACAUCCAACUGAAUCCCCAGGACUGGAUUGUGGGGAUAGAAUCCCACGGACUCCUCAACCACCUCCGUUGUAUUUUGGUUGCAUAACCAGGAAUUAAAACGGUCAUAUUAACACCCACAAUUCCUCAAUAGAGACCCCACUAGGAUUGGAUUCACAAAUAGGAAAUCUGCCCAUACGAAACAAAGAUCAUGAUCAAACAUUAGACUCAUGCUUCCUAUGAUCCAUACUGUCACAAAUCGCAAGACAUACAGUUUCAUCUCCUUUAGAUACAUUCUGCCAUAU